CCCCGAUGAAUUUGAAGCACUCUGUAGAACCCUAAUCACUGCCAAGUACAUGUACACAUCACGGUCAACAAUCCGUGGUCCGCAAGUUACGAGCUCUUCACUAAAUCAUGUCCGCUACGACGCAUUUAUUGCACACAGUGGUGAAGACAAGGACGUCGUAGAACCAGUGGUAGAGCAGCUAGAGGAACAGGGAGUCAGGUGUUGCAUUGUCAGACAUGAAUUUCACCUCGGAACGUGGCUUUCAACUUCUAUUGAAGAAGCGAUUGAUGAAUCAACGUGCACCAUUGUGUUCCUGUCUACAAAUUUCAUGAAGAGCCCGUGGUGUAAAAGGGAAGGAGUGCUUGCCAUUCAUAAGGCGGUGGAGUCAGGAGAAAACGCCGUUAUUCCAGUUCUAGUUGAUCUCUCUCCGCAGCAAAUCCCUUCUCCUUUUAAAGGCAUUAAGUGUAUUUCAGUCAAGCACCAAGAAUUGAUCCUGAAGUUAACUGCAGCAGUUAAAGCAGGUUCAAGGAAGUCACCGACGUAUGGAGAGCUGCAAAUCGAGCUUCAGAAUAGACACAAAGAAAACGAAUUUCUACGAGACCAAAUCACAGUGUUGACAGCCAAACUUCGAAAACUUCGAAAACCUCCCUUGCUUCGUAUUGAUUGAUACAGUUCAUGCGAUUUUUAAAAACUGAUUAUGAUUUUGAGAGCGUUGAAUUAUCUUGCGUCACCUCAAGAGCUACAUUAUAUUUCAUUUUCAACAUUAAUUUCUCGUGGAAUUUCAGCGUGUUGUUUAUUCUAUGCCAUGCACAUAUAUUGACUGCAAAAAUUAAAUGAUUGAUGUUUUGCACUCUUCCUUAUCCUAUAAUUCCAAAACUUGUUUUUUUGCCUGCUGUAGUCGUUAGGAUCUUAGGCAGGUAUAUAACAUCAUCAAACAUUUUACAUUAAAAAUUCCAGUGAAUUAACAUUUUUAUUGAUCCGUUUGAUAAGAUAAUGCUAUUUAAGAAUAUGUGGCAGUGGCGGAUUUAGGAGGGUGUCAAACCAAUGUUCCCCUCUUGAAAGUAGAAUUUUGACUAGCUGAAUCGUACCAAAUGGCACCAUGCGCCCUCUAAAACACCAACAUUUUUCAGGGCCCUUCAGCGGGCCCAGAACCCCUGCCAAGUAGGGGGUGAGGGUCAGUUUUGCAUCUGCGGACCCCACCCUCUAUAAAUAAUCCGCCCCUGUAUUAGUAUUUUUCUGUUUGUAACGGUAUCGCUUAUAAUGGUUUCUUUUUUGUAGCCUUAGUAUCAAAAUUUAUACAUUGAGGAUGCCUCAAAAUCUACAAUGUUGUCCUUAAAUUGGGGGUUUUAACUUUACUGCUGUAAAAAUGCUUUAUUGUUUACUAAGAAAAAAGACAAUUAAGCCAAGAUUGAUGGUACAUAAUUUUAAAAUGAGGUUUUAUCUCUCGUUAUGUCAGUUGUUAGUGUAUGGAAUAACCAUCCGGUUCUCACUACUAUAAAUUACAGCAGUGUUGAUCGACUGUGUGUUUGGGGAGAUUAUCUUAUAUUAUAUACCUGUGAACCGUAUCUGUUCCCCUGUAUCAAGGCUUCCUUAAAAACCGUAACGACAUUUUAAUUAAAAAUCACAUUUUUGAUGUUGUAUCACAAUUGUUUCUGCAAUAAAGUGUUCUUGUGCAACUUUUCAUCUACCCUUUAUCUAAAAUAUUUGUUUUGAAAAUUCAUUUACAAUAUUUAUGUGAAACUAUUGUGAGUUACAGUAGCGCAUGAAUACGCUUAUGCGUAAGUUUAAUUACAGCGUAUGUGCAUAAAAUGUCGUUACGUUUGCUUUUUAUUGCCAAAACAAAAAUGGUUUGUGAAAAUGUAUAAUAAUUGCAAUAUAUUUAAAUUGUAGGAUAUACAAGUAGCAUGCUCAUUUUAAGGAACUAAUGAAACUUAAUUAUACACGCACUGGUAAUCUGUAAUCUAUUGUCAAAAAGAAGUAUAAAAACAGAAU